GCGACAGGAGAAGAACCUGUGAGAGGGACAGGGAGGGCAUCCCAAGAUGUCAGGAGAGGACGACUUUUACCUGUUCCAGAACAUCUCCUCGGUGGGGCCCUGGGACGGACCUCAGUACCACAUUGCUCCUGCCUGGGCCUUCCACCUCCAGGCAGCCUUCAUGGGCCUAGUCUUCUUCGUGGGGACCCCGCUCAACGCCAUAGUGCUGGUGGCCACGCUGCGUUACAAAAAGCUGCGGCAGCCCCUCAACUACAUCCUGGUCAAUAUCUCCCUCGGGGGCUUCCUCUUCUGCACCUUCUCCGUCUUCACCGUCUUCAUCGCCAGUUGUCACGGGUACUUCCUCUUUGGCCGCCAUGUUUGUGCUGUGGAGGCCUUCUUGGGCUCCGUGGCAGGUCUAGUGACAGGAUGGUCGCUGGCUUUCUUGGCUUUUGAGCGCUACAUCGUCAUCUGUAAGCCCUUCGGCAACAUCCGAUUCAACUCCCAGCACGCAUUGAUAGUCGUCCUAAUGACUUGGAUCAUUGGUAUCGGGGUGUCCAUCCCACCCUUCUUUGGCUGGAGCAGGUUCAUCCCUGAGGGCCUGCAGUGCUCCUGCGGCCCGGACUGGUACACUGUGGGGACCAAGUACCGAAGCGAGUACUACACCUGGUUCCUCUUCCUCUUCUGCUUCAUCGUACCCCUCUCUCUCAUCUGCUUCUCCUACUUGCAGCUGCUGAGGACCCUCAGAGCUGUGGCGGCUCAGCAGCAAGAGUCAGCUUCCACCCAGAAGGCUGAGCGGGAGGUCAGCCGCAUGGUGGUGGUGAUGGUGGGGUCCUUCUGUCUGUGCUAUGUGCCCUACGCCGCCCUGGCCAUGUACAUGGUCAACAACCGGAACCACGGGCUGGACUUGCGGCUCGUCACCAUCCCUGCCUUCUUCUCCAAGAGUUCGUGUGUCUACAAUCCCAUCAUCUACUGCUUCAUGAAUAAGCAGUUCCGGGCUUGCAUUCUGGAGAUGGUGUGCAGGAAGCCCAUGACAGAUGACGCAGACACGGCUGGCUCCCAGAGAACCGAAGUUUCCGCCGUCUCUACUAGCAGAGUUGGCCCGCACUAAGGACCCUCAAUCAGCCUCUUGCCAGCAAACAGAACUGCAGGUUUAAAUUUCCGCAUUCUCCAAUAAGAUCCUAACCACUAACAAUGCAGGGAAGAUGGGAAGGGGACCGAUGGAAUUCUGGGGCGUCGUAAGUUUCAUCUUCCUGUCAGCAAGGCCACAAAGGCCAUUUCAACAGUCCCAGCUUCUCCUAGGUGGCACCUUCUCCCCGGGAGGGCUGAAAGAGAAGGCUGUUUUCUCAGAACGUGAGCGACACUUUCCUGUCCUUUUUUCUUCCCUCGCUGGGGAGCCAAGAUGACAGACCCUGUGUCAGAAUAUGGCUGACAUGGGCAGUGGGAGGAAAGGGCACCAAAUAGCCACAGUGAACUCCAACAAGUCUCUCAGUUGCUGCAGCCCCAGCUCCCUCAACCAGCAAGCACCAUUCCGGGUGUUCUCCCCUCCGCCUGGCUGAACGGAUGUAUCCAUUUAAAGCUAUGCACUGAUUAAAGUUAGCAGUUUAAUC